AUGGCCUCCCAACAGGGCUCUGACGAGACCCAAGCCCUCCAGAACGCCCUCUCGCAAGCCUCGUCCGCCCAAGAAUUCAACACCAUAGCCGACCAGAUCUUGGACUCCUCCAAAGGCAUCGUGGUCACGCGCCCCCUCCUCACCAGCUUCAUCAAUGCCCUCCGCAGCCGCGAGGACUACAAUCUGUGGGUCGAAGUGGGCGCUCAUACAAUAGACAUCCUUACAGCCUCGCCGACGGCCUCUUCCUCCUAUCUCGAGCAGGCAGCCCUGCUGCGGGAGCUCAUCGCCGACGGCCACGAGGCCAACGAAGACUAUGGCGCCGCCGCCCGCGUGCUGGCCGAGAUCCCCCUCGAAUCCUCUCAGAGGCGGGUGUCCACAGAGAACAAGUGCCAGAUCUGGAUCCGUAUUGUGCGGCUGUAUCUAGAGGAGGACGACCCGACCCUCGCCGAGACGUAUCUGAACAAGCUCAAGGCUAUCAUCCACAAGGUCGCCGAUCCCGAGACCCAGCUCCACUUCCGCCUCUCCGCCGCCCGCAUCAACGACUCGAAGCGCCAGUUCCUGUCCGCCAGCCAGGCCUACCACGAGAUCAGCUUCCUCCCAGCCGUUGCCGAGGACGAUCGGCUGCGCACCCUGGGCGAGGCCAUCAAGUGCGCUAUCCUCGCCCCUGCAGGUCCGUCGCGGAGUAGGGCUCUGGGACGGCUGUACAAGGACGAGCGGGCUGCCGGCCUGGAGGAGUUUGGCAUCCUGGAGAAGAUGUUCCUCGACCGCCUGAUCGACCCUGCCGAGGUGGACAAGUUCGCGCAGAGCCUGCAGGCGCACCAGCUCGCCACCACGGCGGACGGGUCCACCGUGCUGGCCAGGGCCAUGGUGGAGCACAACCUGCUGGCGGUCUCGCGGCUCUACGUCAACAUCGACCUCGAGGCGCUUGGGGUGCUGCUGGGCCUAGACGCGGACAAGGCCGAGGUGACUACAGCUAAGAUGAUCGAGCAGGGGCGGUUGAGGGGCAAGAUCGACCAGCUCGAUGGGCGCAUCGCGUUUGAGGACGAGGGCGAGAUGAAUGGCGCCAGUGCCAUACGGCAGUGGGACAGUAACGUCUUGGGCGUGGCAGAGGAGGUGGAGAACGUGGUGGCCUUCAUGCAGCAGGAGAUACCUGCUUUUGUUUCCCAGAACCUGAUGGUCUGA